CUUUACUGUGGGUAGCACCAUGGGAAGUGCUUCCGCUGGACAUUGUAGCCCACUCCUGUAAUCUAGAAUUCAGAAGACUGAGGCAGGAGGAUGGAAAGUUUGAGACCACCUCGCACUGUAUAGCCAGAUCAUCUCUCAAAAACAAAAGAAACAUAAAAUCAUCCUGGGUCUGGCGCACUGAUGUAGCGGGUGUAUCUCUGGGGUUCCGGAGGCCACGGAGAAGGGGGUCAGCAGAGGUGAAGGCAAGCAUCCUAGGUGGUGAAGAACACCCGUGGCUUUGCCCGUGCAAGCUCAGUGUGUGGCCAGGGGGCUGCGUGUGGUUGGGACACAGGAGGGACCCUGUCUCGCAGCUCCUGCCCACGGGCUCCCACGGCCAGGACGGCUGCAGCGCCGGAACCUUGGUACGAGCGCGCGCGCUUCCGGCCGGCGCUCUUUCCCAGGGACGCCGCCGCCCCCCGCGUCCCCCCGCGCCCCCCAGUCCCGCGUCCCCGGCGCCGCCGGCCCGGAGCUGCCCGGAAGCUCGGUUCAGCCGCGGCGCUCGCCAGGGCAAGCCCGGGGCCGCCCGGGAUCUCGGCCCGUUCCCCCCCGGACCCGAGAGGCCGCUGCACCGGCUGCCGCUCCUGAUGCUGCUGCUUCCGCCGCGGCCACCCCACCCUCGGUCCUCCUCUCCGGAGGUCAUGGACCCACCGCCCCCCAAGACACCCCCUUUCCCCAAAGCGGAAGGCCCCUCCUCUGCUGCCUCUUCGGCGGCGGGGCCCCGGCCCCCGCGGCUGGGCCGCCACCUGCUCAUCGACGCCAACGGGGUCCCCUACACGUACACGGUACCGCUGGAGGAGGAGCCGCGGGGCCCGCCGCCGCGCGAGGCACCCCCAGGCGAGCCCGGCCCUCGGAAGGGCUACAGCUGCCCCGAGUGUGCCCGAGUGUUUGCCAGCCCUCUGCGGCUGCAGAGCCACCGCGUGUCGCACUCGGACCUCAAGCCCUUUACGUGCGGCGCCUGCGGCAAGGCCUUCAAGCGCUCCAGCCACCUGUCGCGGCACCGCGCCACGCACCGUGCCCGCGCCGGCCCGCCGCACACCUGCCCGCUCUGCCCGCGCCGCUUCCAGGACGCCGCGGAGCUGGCGCAGCACGUGCGCCUGCACUGAGCCGGCCCCGCGCCGACCCCCGGUGCUGCCGAGGUCACUGCCUUACCCCGGGCCUCGGCUUCUCCGUCGACCCGGCGGAGAAGCAACGUCCUUCCCUCCCUCCCCCUCCCGUCUAGCUGUGUGAUGUACACCAAAGUUUGUCGCCCCUCCCCGGGCCUGGAGCCAGUCGGAACUGGGCUCUCCCCCCUACCCCGGCUGGCCCCGCUGCGCUAUGCGAGCCUCUGCGGGUGCGGUGACCUCGCUGAGCCGGGUUCCCCGGCCUCCCGCUCUCCGAGGUCGGGCACGGCCGGUCGUCGUCUGCGUGCGAGGCCUGACAAAGAAGCGCCGGCACGGUCCGGUUCGUUUCUACUCCCCUCGGAUGCCCACGAACCCCUACUCAUUUCUCAAUAAACAUUCCACACUCCGUUGCCAGGCUUGUACUUG